UGCAGCGUCGCGUAUUCGAUACGAGAUCACGAGCGGGAACAUAGGCGGCGCGUUCGCCGUCAAGAACAUGACCGGCGCGAUUUAUGUCGCCGGUGCCCUCGACUACGAGACCAGAAAACGGUACGAACUGAAGUUGGCCGCGUCGGACAACUUGAAGGAGAACUACACGACGGUGGUGAUUCACGUGAAGGAUGUGAAUGACAACCCGCCAGUGUUCGAGCGGCCUACGUACCGCACUCAAAUCACCGAGGAGGACGACCGCAAUCUGCCCAAGCGCGUUCUUCAGGUGACGGCUACAGACGGGGACAAAGACAGACAGCAAAAUAUUGUUUAUUUCCUCACUGGACAGGGAAUAGACCCUGACAAUCCGGCAAACAGCAAAUUCGAUAUCAAUCGAACGACAGGAGAAAUUUUCGUUCUCAAACCUUUAGAUCGCGAUCAGCCAAAUGGAAGACCACAGUGGAGGUUUACUGUAUUUGCUCAAGAUGAAGGCGGGGAGGGUCUAGUCGGAUAUGCGGAUGUCCAAGUCAAUCUCAAAGACAUUAAUGAUAAUGCUCCUAUUUUCCCACAAGGCGUAUAUUUCGGUAACGUUACUGAAAACGGCACAGCUGGUAUGGUCGUCAUGACAAUGACCGCAAUAGAUUAUGACGAUCCGGCUGAAAGCAAUAAUGCAAAGCUUAUGUAUUCUAUUGAAAAGAAUGUUAUUGAGGAAGAAACUGGUUCACCUAUAUUUGAAAUUGAACCAGAAACAGGUGUGAUAAAGACAGCUGUGUGCUGCUUAGAUCGCGAGCGAACACCUGAUUACUCCAUACAGAUUGUAGCAUCUGACGGAGGAGGAUUGAAAGGGACUGGUACAGCGUCUAUAAGAGUUAAAGAUAUUAAUGAUAUGCCCCCUCAAUUCACGAAAGAUGAAUGGUUCACUGAAGUUGAUGAAACUGACGGAACAAAUUUACCAGAAAUGCCUAUUCUUACAGUAACAGUUCACGAUGAAGAUGAAACAAACAAAUUCCAAUACAAAGUAAUUGAGAACAGUGGUUAUGGUGCUGACAAAUUUACUAUGGUUCGAAACAACGAUGGUACAGGUUCACUUAAAAUAGUGCAACCCUUAGAUUAUGAAGACCAAUUACAAAGUAAUGGCUUCAGAUUUAGAAUACAAGUUAAUGAUAAGGGUGAAGAUAAUGAUAAUGACAAGUAUCAUGUAGCUUAUUCCUGGGUUGUAGUUAAAUUAAGAGAUAUAAAUGACAAUAAACCACAGUUUGAAAGAGCAAAUAUUGAAGUAUCUGUUUAUGAAAAUGCUGAAGUAGGCAAAAGUUUAGAGACUUUUAAAGCAACGGAUCCUGACCAAGGUGGGAAGAGUAAAGUUUCAUAUGCAAUUGAUAGAUCAUCAGAUAGAAAACGUCAAUUUUCGAUAAAUCAAGAAGGCACUGUUAGCAUACAAAGGUCUUUAGAUAGAGAAGAUACGCCUCGACAUCAAGUAAAAAUUUUGGCUAUAGACGACGGGGUACCUCCUAGAACAGCAACGGCUACACUCACAGUAAUAGUUCAAGAUAUCAAUGAUAAUGCCCCUACAUUCUUAAAAGACUAUAGACCUGUUUUGACUGAACAUAUUACACCUAAAAAAGUCGCUGAAAUAUUGGCUACUGAUGACGAUGAUAGGUCGAAGAGCAAUGGACCGCCUUUCCAGUUUAGAUUGGAUCCUGGAGCGGAUGAUAUAAUAAGAGCUUCCUUCAAAGUGGAGCAAGAUCAAAAGGGUGCUAACGGUGAUGGUAUGGCUAUUGUUUCGUCACUUAGAUCAUUUGAUAGAGAACAACAGAAAGAGUAUUUAAUUCCAAUAAUUAUAAAGGAUCACGGGAACCCUGCCAUGACGGGCACUAGUACACUUACCGUCGUUAUUGGUGAUGUAAAUGACAAUAAAAUGCAACCAGGUUCAAAAGAAAUUCUAAUCUAUAAUUACCAAGGUCAAGCUCCAGAUACGGAAAUUGGACGAGUUUAUGUCUAUGAUCUAGAUGAUUGGGAUCUUCCUGACAAGAAAUUUUUCUGGGAGAGUACGGAACAUCCAAAUUUUACUUUGAACGAAGAAACGGGCAUGAUACAAAUGAAACAUAAAACUAGAGAAGGUCGAUACCAUUUGAAAUUCAAAGUGUAUGACAGGAAACAUACACAAACGGAUGUGCCUGCUAAUGUGACCGUAUAUGUGAAAGAAAUAUCACAUGAGGCUAUUAUCAAUUCUGGUUCUAUACGAAUAUCGGGAAUAUCUGAUGAAGACUUUAUAAGAGUAUGGAAUUAUAAAACUCUAAGUGUAUCUAGAAGUAAAUUAGACAUAUUUAAAGAUAAAUUAGCAGAUUUGUUAAAUACUGAGCGAGAAAAUAUCGAUGUAUUUAGUGUACAGUUGAGAAAGAAACAUCCACCUGUAACAGAUAUAAGAUUUUCAGCACAUGGUGCUCAUUAUUACAAACCUAUUAGAUUAAAUGGUAUUGUUUUAAUGCACAGAGAGGAAAUAGAGGGAGCCGUUGGUAUAAAUAUCACUAUGGUGGGUAUCGAUGAAUGCUUAUAUGAGAAUCAAAUGUGCGAAGGAUCUUGCACUAAUGUACUUGAUAUUAGUAACCUACCCUACAUGGUUAAUGCAAACAAGACUGCGUUAGUUGGGGUACGCGUGGAUGUUAUUGCCGAAUGCACGUGUGGUGCUCGAAACUUUACUCAAGCUGAAACAUGCCGUAACUCCCCAUGCUAUAAUGGUGGUAGGUGUAUUGAAGGAAAAUACGGACUCACCUGUUCUUGUCCACCUGGAUAUACUGGACCAAGAUGUCAACAAACAUCAAGGAGUUUUAGAGGUACUGGUUGGGCAUGGUAUCCUGCUUUGGAAAUGUGCGACAAUUCUCAUUUAAGUUUUGAAUUUAUAACCCGAAAAUCUGAAGGUGUCCUUAUUUAUAAUGGGCCAAUAGUACCUCCAGAACCUGAAGAAAUAAUGGUGUCUGAUUUUAUAUCUAUAGAGCUGGAAAGGGGCAAUCCAAGACUUUUAAUAGAUUUUGGAUCAGGAACAUUAGAGUUGAGAGUCAAAACGAAAAAAUCCUUAGAUGACGGGGAAUGGCAUAGGAUAGACAUCUUUUGGGAUACGGAAAAUGUGAGGAUGAUCGUUGACUUCUGUAAAUCAGCGGACAUUCAAGAAAUGGAAGAUGGUACACCUCCAGAAUUUGACGAUACAACAUGUCAAGCUACUGGAACGAUUCCUCCUUUUAAUGAGUACCUAAAUGUAAAUGCUCCUUUACAAGUUGGUGGUCUAUACAUUGAACAUUUCGAUCCAACACAUUAUCACUGGCAAUACAUGCCAAUCGGUAAAGGAUUCGAUGGGUGUAUACGAAAUCUGGUUCACAACAGCAAAUUGUACGAUUUAGCACAUCCAGGGCUAUCGAGGAACUCUGUAGCAGGUUGUCCCCAAACCGAAGAAAUUUGUAAUCAAGCCGAUACCACUUCUAGAUGCUGGGAACAUGGAACCUGUGUUGGAAGCUUUUCUGAGGCACGAUGCCAAUGUCAGCCAGGGUGGACCGGUCCAUCGUGUAACUUGCCCACCACUCCUACAAGUUUCAGACCACAGAGCUACGUAAAAUUUGCUCUCAGCUUUGAACCAGAUCGAUUUAGCACCCAAAUUCAACUAAGAUUUAGAACACGAGAACCGCAUGGUGAACUGUUUAGAGUUAGUGAUCAGCACAAUCGCGAAUACGGCAUUUUGGAAGUUAAAGAUGCCCGGUUACAUUUCCGCUAUAAUCUGAACUCUUUACGUACUGAAGAAAGAGAUGUGUGGUUAAACUCUGUGGCAGUGGACGACGGCCAGUGGCAUAUAGCUCGAGUGAGUCGCUAUGGUAGUGCCGCAACGCUUGAGAUUGAUGGUGGCGAAGGAAGAAGAUACAAUGAAACGUUUACAUUCGAAGGACAUCAGUGGUUGUUAGUAGACAAACAAGAAGGUGUAUAUGCUGGUGGAAAGGCUGAAUACACUGGUGUUAGAACAUUUGAAGUCUACGCAGACUUCCAAAAAGGUUGUUUAGAUGAUAUACGAUUAGAAGGUAAACAUUUGCCGUUACCUCCUGCUAUGAAUGGAACACAAUGGGGCCAGGCGACGAUGGCUAGAAACUUAGACCGCAAUUGCCCAUCCAACAGCCCUUGCAUAAAUGUCCAUUGCACGGAACCCUUCGUUUGUGUGGAUCUGUGGAACGAAUACGAAUGCACGUGUCCCGCGGGCUCCGUCCGGGCUGGAGGCACUUGCGUCAACGUGAACGAGUGCUUGGAGAACCCGUGCCUGAACGGUGGCAACUGCAUCGACCGCGAGCCGGCGCGCCGCUACGACUGCGUGUGCGCGUUCGGAUACACCGGCCACGACUGUGAACUAGAGCUGCUGGCCUCUGGUGUCAUUACACCCUCCAGAGAUUUCAUUAUAGCUAUCAUAGUGUGUUUAUUUUUGCUUUUGGUUCUGGUGUUGGUCUUCGUGGUUUACAAUCGAAGACGAGAGGCUCACAUUAAGUACCCAGGACCUGAUGAUGAUGUCCGUGAGAAUAUCAUCAACUACGAUGACGAAGGCGGCGGUGAAGACGACAUGACAGCAUUUGACAUCACCCCACUGCAGAUUCCUAUUGGAGGACCGUUACCAGAUCAUGCACCCCCUAAACUACCAUAUCCACUUAUGGGCGUCGGAAUCGGCGUCGGCCCGAUGGGCGUCGGAGUGGGCGUGGCUCCGGGUGUAGGCGUGCCUCUACCAGGGGAGACCAACGUCGGGAUGUUCAUAGAGGAGCACAAGCGACGCGCGGACAGCGACCCCAACGCGCCGCCCUUUGACGACCUACGCAACUACGCGUACGAGGGAGGCGGCAGCACCGCUGGCUCGCUGUCGUCCCUUGCAUCUGGUACGGACGACGAGACACACGAGUACGACUACUUGGGCGCGUGGGGCCCCCGCUUCGACAAACUAGCAGACCUGUACGGUCCCGACCUGGACGAGCAACUGUAG